AUGUCUGUGCCUAGUUUAUAUUUUGGUGAAGAAAAUGAAGAAAUGGAGACAUCCGGUGCUUUAAAUGAAAAUAUUCCCCAACAAUCCUCCCUCGUUGAUUUACAUCAAAUUCCCGGUGAACUUUGGUUAACUCGAAGAAGAAUUGAAGCUGGAGUUAGAGAACAAAGAAAGCAAAGAGAAAUGUUAACAAAUGUUCAGGAAAGAUUGGCACAAUGCCGAUUAGAAAGAACAAAACAAUCAAAAUUUGAAAGAAGAAUUACUAGUCCAUUCCGUUUGCCACGUAGUCAUUCACCUCCAAAUUCUUCUGAAAGAUUGUUUGUAGUUUUUAUUAUUUUUGCCCCAACAUAUCAUCUUCCCGACAGACCCAGUACUUCCCAUAAAAGACAACAAAUUAGUACAUUUGCCACAACUACUGGAGAUGAAUUUUCUAGAAAUAUAUUUAAUGAAGAUGAAAGUAUACCAGAAAGACAAUUUAGGAAUCGUUUAACUGCAUUAGAACAACAAAUGGAACGGUUAAAUUUAUUUACUGCUCAAUCUCUUUCCUCAAAAUUAGAAGAAAAUUUUUUUCAAGAAAAAACUAAAAAAGAAUUAAUUAUUAAAAUAAAAACAAAAGAAUUAAUUGAAGAAUUUAUUAAAUUAAAAAGAAAAAUUAAUCAGUUACGAGAAAAUACUAAAUUAGAAUUAAAAGAGGUUAAUUCUGAAUUUGGAGAAAGAAUGGAAUCAUUGAUGAGACAAUUAAAAAGAGAAAUUAUUUUGAAACGCCGUACUUUAACUGAUGAAGUUGAAAAAUCAAAGGAGAAGGAAAUUAAUAAUUUGCGCGCAGAAAAUCAGAAAUUAAUUUCCUCCUAUGAAGAUGCAGAAACUCGAGCAGAAUUAUCAGAAAAUCGUUUAAAAGAAGUAUUCGAAAGAAUAUGGUCAAUUCCUUCUUUAAAUAAUGAAAAUAUUGAAAAUUCUUUUUCUUCAAUUUCUUCCAAUAAUUACCUCCCUUCUAUUGAUAAUUUAAUAAUUGCUAUACGUUUAUCAAUUGACCGGGCAUCUUCUUCUUCUUUAGAGGCAUAUCGAGCACAAGCAAGAGAAGAAUUAAUAAAUGAACGAUUAAAAAGUGAAAAAGAAUUGAAAAAUAUUGAAAAAGAAACAAAACUCCAAUUUGAACGCCGAGAAUCUGAAUGGGCUGCUGAACGUCUCGAGCUUUUAACUGAAUUAGAAAAUGAAAGAGCUAAUAAAUCUAUUGAGAGUGAAAAAAUAGAGGCUAAAAGGGUGGAGAUGGAUAAAUCACAAAUGAGAAUUCAGAGUUUGGAAGAGCAAUUAAAUCGUCUCUCCAUAGAAUUGGCUUUUGAAAAAAAUAAAUAUUCAACAGAAUUAAUUGAAAAUAAUGAAAGAUUCCAAACAGAAAUAACCGAAUAUCAGACAACUAUUGUCGAUUUAGAGGAACAAUUAUUUGCUGAACAAAAAGAACGACAAACAAUUCAAGCAGUAACAAAUGAAUUAAAAGAAGCAAAGAAUGCAUUAAAUGAAAAAUUGCUUGCAGCUUCAACACGAUUAUCUAAUGUAGAAUCCCAAUUAGGCAUUGCUUUGCAAAACACAGAGGAGAUAACGACAACACUUCGUAGAGAAGGACGGGAUUUGGCUAAUAAACUUGUUGAUUCUGAAGCAGAAAUUGAAACACUUAAAGAACAAUUAAAAACAUCUGAAAAACGAUUAAAAAAAGAAAGAAAUGAAUGGCACGUAGAUAUUGAACGUGCUGACAAAGAUUGGAAAGCACAAAGUAAAUUACUUACAAAAGCAGAAACACAAAAAAAAGAAUUAAUUAAAGAAUUAAAUAUAGCUAAUUCUAAAUUAAAUGAAAUUGAACACAAAUUGGAAUCUAGAAUUCAAAAAGAACAAACUUUACGGGCAGAAUUAAUUAAAGUAAGAGAAGAAUUGACAGAGGAGAGAAUUCAGGCAGAAAAUGUUUUUGAGGAGAAAGAAAAGGAAUUUAAAAAAGAAUUGGAAAGGUAUUUAGUAGGGGAAGAUAUUUUUUAA